AUGGUUCCCGUCGACUCAUCUUCGAGUCCCAGCGACUCCAAGUCCAGCUCUCGACGCUCCAGCUGGACUGCUCUCAUGCAAAACUAUGAAGAUGCAGUCGAGUAUCCAAGUGAUGAUGCCGUAUAUGACGCCGACGACGCCCAAGUGGUUACUAAAAUGGCCAACCUUGAUAUCGAAGCGACUGGGACGAUUCCAUCCGGCCCCCAAGAUACUGAUCCGGAGCUUCAGACAAUUGUCGAAACUACCACUAUGGAUAUCACCGCCGAGGUGCCCCAACUUAUCAUUAAUGAGAGCUGUGCCCCCGAGACCGAGAUAGAGCCAGAGAAUCAUGAGCAGCUCAAAUCACAGGGGCCAUUUCAUAAAUGGAUGCGAACGAUUCAUCGUAGAGCACAGCAUCGACCCACACGGUCGGACGAAAGCUUUGGUUCUCUGCGGCCGUCAUUCGAUCCUGAUGUCCACAGUCGUACAGCUCAUUGGAGAAGAACACACCAUCGACAAUCGUCCUCUGAAUCUUCCUUCGCUUUUGUUUCGGCGGUCCGAAGUGCUAGUACCAGUCUUGCCAGUGUCAGCGUCAGUGUUGUGGCACGAUCUCGAAGAAACGCACCACGCUCACAAGGCUUCUCUACAACGGAGCGCAGCAGCAGAGCAUCCAUCUCAGGCCCUCGUGCAUCUGAAGAUAGUGGGCUCCGGGAGAAUCAAUCCCUAGCCAACUUGGCUGCGAUGGAGAGAUCACUGCAGCGACGAAGAGUGCUAGAAGAGCUCAUCAGUACGGAGGAAGGGUACAUUGGCGACAUACGAUUCCUCAUGAAUGUAUACGUCACAAUCUUGGCUGCGUUACCCUCCAUAUGCGUCGGCCUGCGGUCAUCCAUCAACCAAAAUUUGACAGAAAUAGUCAAGUUACACGAGGAACUCCUCGGCGAACUGCACCGAGCAGUUCCACACUCGGAAUACACACAAGCCGACGCAACUCCCCCAUUGUCUCAUGUACCGAAUUUCGAUUACCCUUAUUCUCACAGACGAUGGUCUAGUCUCGGUGCCGUGCCGGAGCAGAAUACGAAAGCAAGGUGGCUGUUGAAAGCCCCGGGCAUGCUGUCAGAUCCUCAGGUAGCGGCAGAAGUCUCAAAAGCCUUUGGGAAGAAGAUAAGCCGGUUCUUCAUAUACGAGGAAUACGGAGCAACAUAUGAGAUGAUGAUCAAAGACAUCGCUUCAGCCCAGCAAACCAUACCAGAUUGGGAGACGUAUCAAAAAGGCCUCGAAGCCUUGGCAAUGGCGCUGGGGUCCGUCAAAGGCAGCGAAGAUGGAGCCAAAAAAGCUCUGACGAUAAAUGACCUGCUUGUCAAGCCCAUCCAGAGGAUCUGUAAAUACCCACUCAUUUUUUCCGAGCUUCUCAAGUGCACUCCAAUAUCAGACUGUCCAAAUUCUCAUAUGGAAAUCGACAAUACCCUAACCAGGCUUCGCGAAGCGACCACGGAGAUCAACAGGGCAUCGAAUGACGAGAACAUCAAGUCUACACUCGAAAAAACAUGGAUACUACAGGAUCGACUAGCGUUCCCUGAUAGAAAAUUCGAUGCCAUUUCUAAAAGACAAAUACGGUCUUUUGGCCACAUUCGGCUUUGCGGAACACUUCACGUAUGCUGGCAGACAGAUGAAGGGGUCGAUGGUCAAUAUUUCAUUUGUCUGCUCUAUCGCGAUAUGCUCUGUCUUGCCUCUGCGGGCAAGGUUGAUCCGAUCUACACCAUCAUGGCUUGUAUCAAUAUUGACGGACUCAGGAUCGAAAAAGUGGAUAAUGGACGAGGCACACUCGUUCGGCGAAUAUCUAUACAGCGGGCCACCACUGUGGGAGGAGCCAAAUCGCCUCUAUGCCAAGUCAUCUUAAAGAAUACCAAUGUACUUAAAGAUCACAACGGGAAUGCCUCUGCGGCUUCGACCAUCAACCGCUCUCAGUCUCUACUAACAACCACAACUCGAAUACCGGUGCUUGCGCCGCCCAGAGGUGAGAGAGCUCGACUAGAGGCUCUCUUGUCAGAUGUGUGGAGUAGAGAAGUACUCCCGUUUCCCGGAAUGACGAUGAAAUCUCGAAGUGAAAAUCUGGUUCGCAAUUCGGCAUCUACGGUCAUGAGGAAACUCAGCGUGGCUAGCUUCGCCAGUACCUUUACAAAGAGAUCGGUCUCUUCUGCCCACAAGAAUCAAUCUUGUGAACAAAUUGCUAUGGAAACCAUCAAGCGCCGGGGUAUUCUACGUCCAAUGGAUUCGAUUACGAGUGACGAUGCGUAUAUAAGUGAAGAAGCAAGCAGAAAGGUGAAGAGACAGCGCACCGCCAAGGGGCACGCACUACUGGGGACGCCCGCUCGUAGCAUGAAGGAGGUUACGGGAAGCCUUCGACGACGCCAGGCACAAGAGAAUGCGCCCUCAAGGUCAGAUCCCACCAGCGGCACGUACAUGUUUCCCACUCGCAUAGCAUCCACAGCCGUUCCACGAUCGACAAGGUCUACAAAUUCCCAGGCCGCGAUGCCUCCCGAGAGUAUGGGCAGGACGAGAAGGCCAGCAACGGACAAAGCCCGAUACCUUGGACAAUGGGCCAAGCUUGGUGUGGGGAAGAACGAUGGAACUGGCAGUUUCAGGAGGUUUCUUUCAAUUGGCAGAGAUUUGUAA